UAUUUUUUUUUUACGUAUGCGAGGAUCUACUUUCCGAUCGCUCGGAUUAAAAAUCACCCCUCUUCUUACAGGAGAAACGCAAGGGGAAGAAAAGCUCUGGCGUGCGGGCUCUUGCACACGGCGCGCUUCCUACCGGGACUCUACCUACCCCCAGCUCGGUCUUUUUUUCCUCCUUCCGUCCCGGGCCACCGGGUCGCCUGCCGUGAGGGUUUUCACGCAAUGAGCAUCGAUACACUUUUGGAGGCGGCCAGAUAUCUGGAAUGGCAAGCCCAGCAACAACAGAUCACACGUGAGGAAGAGCAGCGCAAAGAGAAGGAGCUCAUCAACAGGGAGGCAGAGUCCAGACGUGUGGAGCUUGUUGCCUCUUCGUCCCUGACAGUCAGAGCCAACCAUGUCGCUUGGGGUGAUGAUGCUCACCGUCAACAGCCGCACCACCCUCCUGCCCCUCCGCUGCCCUCUCUCCCGCCCCCUCAGGUCCCCAUUGCCGUCAUUCCAAUGGUCCCAGUUGUUACUGCCACACCCUCGGUCCCAGCCCUUCCGCUCCCAACGCCGAUCGCGGCGGCAGCGACAACACACUGUGGCUCCCCGCCAGUCAAAAACGCCUCCUCCCCUCCGCAGCAACAGCAACAGCAACAGCAACAGCCUCAGCAGCAGCAGCCUCAGCAGCAGCAGCAGCAGCCAGCCUCGCGCCACCUGUUGUGCGCCCCCCAGAUGAAGUUAGAGACAACUCCGCAGCUGGUUGGUGUAAAGCCUAACCAACCACAGCCUCAGGUUCAGAUUCAGUACCCGACCUCCAUCAGCACUAAUGGCUCUGGCUCUCAACAUGCACUGAUUUCUCAAGCUCCACCCACAUCUCAGCAGCGGCCUAACGGAGUGACGAUGGAGGACCUGAGGGGGUUGGAGGGAAAGAGAAGACCUGGAGGAGCGGGGACCAGAGAGGUGCAUAACAAACUGGAGAAGAACAGGCGAGCGCACCUCAAAGAGUGUUUUGAGACGCUGAAGAAGAACGUUCCAAAUGUUGACGAGAAGAAAACCUCCAACCUCAGCGUUCUCCGCAGCGCCUUGCGUUACAUACAGACUCUAAAGCGUAAGGAGAAGGAGUUUGAGCACGAGAUGGAGCGUUUGGCCAGAGAGAAGAUCGCCACGCAGCAGCGGCUGGCCGAGCUGAAGAACGAGCUCAGCCAGUGCAUGGACGUCAUGGAGAUCGACAGAGUCCUCCGACAGACCAUCCAGCCAGAGGAUGACCAGGCCUCCACGUCAACUGCCUCAGAGGGUGAAGACAACUUUGAGCAGGACAUUGACGAGGACGUCCCCGCUCCUCCUGCUCCCACGUCCCUCCCCAAACCAGCAACCACCAUCUUACAAACCCAGCAGCUAAUCACCUCUCCUCUGUCGAUACAACACGCCACCAUGCCUCUCGCUGGAGUCCUGGCCACGCCCUCCCCCUGUGCUCUUCCUCUCCCUCAACCCAUCGCCCCAGCACUAGCCCCAGGUCUGCCCCCGGGGCCGCCAGCUCAUGCCAUUCAGACCCCGACUGUGCAGGUGCAGCCCACCGUCAUCGCUCAUGCCACUGUCUCCCACCCUUCAGUCAUCCAGGCUGUCAACCACGCCCUGCCAGCAGCCAACCACAAGCACCUAACACACAUCGCCCCGUCACCGGGCCCCAUCUCCUCCACCCCUCAACAAAUCGCGGUGGCUUCGGCUGCCACCGUCAAUCACCAGUCGAUUACCGCCCAGCCCAUCGGACACAUAACCGUCCACCCGGUGGCUCACCUGGCAACGCCCCUGCCAUCCCACCUCCCCCUCUACCCCCAGGGAGUGUCUGUCUCAGUCUCCCAGCCGACCAUGAUGGGCCACAUCACCCACACCUUCCCCCACCACCCCCACGUCCAGGCCAAUCCUCAAGCUAACACUAAUGGAGCCCAGAUGAACGGCGCAGGCAUGGUGAGCCAGGGGAGCUCUUCGCUAGGGAAGCCCACAGCAGUCCUGGCCCCCCAUCCCCAACUGGUUGGGCAGGCUGCCGUCCUUAACCCCGUCACCAUGGUUACAGUCCCAACCUUCCCCGUCAGCACACUCAAACUGGCCUGAAAGAAUGAAAAACAGAAACGUAGGUGGGAUGGACUGACAAAUGGCAGACAGGAGAAGAAGAAAAAUAUCCAGCGCCCGCCCAGGAAAACGUCUGGAUCAGUUUUCACACUCCUAUCAAUAAUCAAAAGCUCUGAAAGAUACGUGUGAUCAAUAUCUCCAGGGAUAUGUAGGUCGCAGCUCUGUUCGUUAACCUGUUUCUGAACAAUAACACUUUAGCAGAGUCAGAGGAUCAGGCCAUUGUUUGUGAAAAUAAGACUGUGACAUUCGUCCCCCGCUGCAAAAACAGGAACUCUGUUUUUCCUUCCUCUCUUCCUUCCUUCCUUCCUUCCUUCCUUCCUUCCUUCCUUCCUUCCUUCCUUCCUUCCUCUCUUUCUUCCUUCCUUCCUGUACCCGUACAACCAGAAGCACUAACAUAAUAAGCUCAGUUCACACUCAGGCAUCAAGGAUUUACCUUAACUAUUCACUCACUCAUUGAGGGAAAGCGCACGAGACAGAGAGAGAGGGAGAGAGUAUUGUUUGUCAUUAGGCUGUUGCCGUGGUGAUGCCCGUUUUGUAUUCACAUAAUCAUGAUGUCAUGUGGUGGAAUAAUGUCACAGAUGCGAUUUAGUCUCUCAUAUCAGUUACACUUUGAUGACAUCAUAGUCAGAAAAAUACCAUCAUGGCUUCCCGACACAGUUCUGCACUUCUUGUUGUCGGGAACAUUUUAAGAUCCACAAAACUGCUUUUCCCAUUUUUCCCACGUUGCUCCAUUAAAGGACCAGUGUGUAAGAUUUUGAAAGAUGUAUUGACAGAAAAUGGAAAAUGAUAUUCAAGUAUGUUUUCAUUAGUGUAAAGUAAGCUAAGAAUCGUUGUGCUUUCGUUACCUUUAGAAUGAGUCUUUCAUAGCUACACAGGAAGCGGGUCCUCUUCCACAGAGGCCGCCAUGUUGCUCCGCCAUGUUUCUACAAUAGCCCAGAAUGGACUAACCAAACUAGAGAGGGCUUUUCAUGUUUUUUGUGGCCACUGUAGGUUCCCCAACACGCUUGUAAGUGAAGGGAAGGGAUAGGGGAGGGGUAUAUUACCUGUAGAUGCCCCUGAACUCUACACACUGGUCCUUUAAGUGACUGUUUAGCCCUCUUUCCAUCUUUCUCCAAACAAUUACUCACCACUGCACUCACCAACAGCUUACCCAGUACACCUUGCAAGUAGAUUAAGAAAAUGAAUGAACAGUAGAUGGCAGCACAAGAUUAAAACAGGGUCCGAUCUACAGUUAAACGAGACCAAAUUACAGACGUGUCGUCUUUUAUAUGUGCCGUCAGCUCCUGAUGAUGUGUGCAAGUCUCAGGUGUCCCGUUCAAUACUGGAGUUACUGGAGUCAUUUAUCCUCUGCCUCUUGUGGUUUUCUGUUUCUGUUUCAAACACAGAGCGACUCUGGAAAUGAGCGGCAGGGUUUAAGAGGAAGAAUUGGGACGAAACCUACUUGCAGCCCUAAACACGUAAUCACUUUGGUGGUUUAAUGAUUACUUGAUUUUCCGAACAUACUGCAGCAUCUGAUGUCACAUCUAUACAGACAACUUGGACUUUGCCUGUCGGUCAUUUGACACACAUUGGAUUUCCUCGUAGAGGAACCACAGAUUAUUAAUUUAAGAGAAGAGCAACAAGUUCAAGUACAGCAGUAAGAAAAGCCUGAAAACAGUUCCAUAAAAGUUAAGGGUUGGACUCCAGUUUUAAAAUUAUAAUCUGUCCCACAGUGCAAUGUUGGCUCAGCAGUAGUGUCAGCUCUGUUUAAGGCUCUUCUUUUACUGUCUAGGAUUAAUUUGAUUCUUGCUCUGCACUCACAGCACUGAGUUAUGGGCGAGAUCCCACAAGCUGGUUUCACUGUGAAAACUCCUAAAUUAUUCACACACCUACAGAUUUGUAAUUUGACUUCAGCGAAUUCCUCACAAGACUUUGCGGUUAAUUGUUGGGUCAUUCCUAAACCGCUGUUUUCUUGUGCAUUUCAUUGGCUUUUAUACCCAUUAGUAAGUUCUCUCAAAACAUUCAGUGGCAGGUUUCCUCUAUAUGUGACGUUACCUUUACUAACUCACCGUAGGGGCAAUACAAGUUUUCAUCCUCUUCACUCUAAUGCAACAGCUCCCUCUGCUGCCUCAUCCCAGACCUCAUACUGAUGUUACUCACACACAACACUUGGGGGCACAACACAAACUUCCUGUGCUUUUUAACAUUCGGAAAUUGAGUGUAAAAGUUCAUUCUUGACCUGAAAUAGUAGUUUGACAAAAAAAAAAAAAAAGUCCUAAUUUAAGAAAUGUGGAACUUAAGUGAUUUGAGAAACUCUAACCUCUGAAGAAUCUCAUAAGAAGUGUUUGAAAACUCUUAUUUAAAAGCCAGCAAGUUGACCGUGACUUAAGAUUUGUAUUUGUCAAACUAUUGUUUUCUCAGUUAAAGAUCUUUAAAAAAGUUUGGAUCCAGCACAACAAUGGUUUAAUAGCCUGGUCAAUCAUUAGUUUAAACCUACCAUCUCUUAGCAUUUGAUUGUUGAUUUGUUCGUUGUGACAAUGAAGCAAAAAUCCUCUCUUCCAGACCACAAAAUGAAUUUAUAUUUACAUUUCAAAAAUGGAAAAUGUGUUGUGACACCCACUUCUCUUUGUGUGUGUGUGUGCGUCUUUUUUUCUCUGUAUGUCUGUGUGUGUGUGUGUGUAUGUUAUUGUGUGUUUAUCAUGGCUCCACAGCCUUCUUGCCAGCCUAUACAUGUCACACGACUAUAAAGUCUGUGGACUCCCAUCAGUGUAUGUACUCAGUGUUGUGUGAAUCUGCUCCCCGCGUCCUCUGCUGUUUUCUGUACGUCAUGUCUGUAUAUGUGACUGUAUUCAAUAUGUUUUAUAUUCUGUACUAUAGUUAAUCCUACUGUACCCGUAGCAUGGCUCUGUUUUUUGGUUAUGCAGUUUGCCCUGUGCAUGAUCGAGUGUGUGCGCGCCCGUGUGUUUGUGUGUGUGUGUGUGUGUGUGUAUGCAAGCUACUUUUUUACACAGAGGUGAUUUAUGGUAUGAGUCUGUUUGGGUGCUAUCGUGUGUGCCUACACUCAGUUUUCCUGAACACUGUGACAACUUUGGCAGAACACGUACGCAUGGAGCGAAUGGAAGAGACAAAAGAUUUACUGUCAUUGUUUGUUUUUCUUUUUCUUUUAUGUUAAGUUUUUUCCAUUUUCCCAGACGGACUGAGACAUGGGGUGGAAAAAGUGAAAAAAAAAACAAGAAAAAAAAAGAUUUUGCUCUUUUCUCGAUAACAUAAUAAUGUCUAAUAUUCAAAUUGAGUUUUUGUAAUAUUUGUAUGUACGUAUGAAAGUUUUGUAAAUCUGUGAUCGUAUGCACGUUUUGGCAUAUGAGUGUAUGUAUCUACAAAUUUUAAAUGCUUGUUUCUUUUUGGUUGUUUUGCAUGUAGAUUGCUGUUUAGGUUCUUUUGUUUCAAGGUUUUUGUUUUUAUGUUUCUUUUUGGGACCAUGUACAAUACUGUAUAACGUGGGCAGGCUCUUGGACCUCAUGCUACAUUGAUAUUAUAUAUGAAUAUAUAAAACAUGUUUUCCCUAUGGAGAAAGUUUUAAGUUAUAUAUCGCCUGUACACUUUGGGCUGCCUUUUAGAUCUAACUGUCCACUGUUUAAGAUAACAAUGAUAAUAGAUAAAAAUAUUAAUGAUGAAGAAUUAUGCUGAUGAAAUAAUAAAUCUUAUUAC